GGCGCGGGAUGCAGGGUGACGUCACGGCCCCGCCCCGCGGGGUGAUGCUGCAGCCGCAGCGGCGGGCCGGGGGCUGCCGGGCGGGGACCCGAGCUGCGCGCGGGCCAGGCGGGAGCCCGGCCUCGGAAGGGGAUGCCUCCUGUCUCGAGCCGCAGGCACUCGCACCGGCCCCCCCUACGAUGAUCCCCCCGGCGAGCGGCACCCCUCCGGGAGAGGCUCUGCUCCCCACUUUGGCUCCUCAGGACUUCUGGAGGUCUCAGAUCUCCGGCUACACGGGGUCCGUGACCCGGCACAUCAGCCACCGAGCCAACAACUUCAAACGACACCCCAAGAGGAGGAAGUACAUUCGUCCCUCCCCACCCCCACCCCCCAACACCCCAUGUCCCAUCGAGCUGGUGGACUUUGGGGACCUGCACCCUCAGAGGUCCUUCCGGGAGCUGCUUUUCAAUGGCUGUAUUCUCUUCGGCAUCGAGUUCAGCUAUGCCAUGGAGACAGCGUAUGUGACCCCCGUGCUCCUACAGAUGGGCUUGCCCGACCAGCUCUACAGUCUGGUGUGGUUCAUCAGCCCCAUCCUCGGAUUCCUACUGCAGCCACUGUUGGGUGCUUGGAGUGACCGAUGUACCUCAAGGUUUGGAAGGAGACGCCCUUUCAUUCUUGUCCUGGCUAUAGGGGCGCUGCUGGGCCUCUCGCUCCUGCUCAACGGCAGGGACCUGGGCGCGGCGCUGGCCGACUCGGCUGACAACCACAAGUGGGGCCUCCUGCUCACGGUGUGCGGGGUCGUGCUGGUGGACUUCAGUGCGGACUCGGCAGACAACCCCAGCCACGCCUACAUGAUGGACGUGUGCGGCCCCGCCGACCAGGACCGCGGCCUCAACAUCCACGCCCUCCUGGCGGGCCUCGGAGGAGGAUUCGGGUAUGUGGUCGGGGGCAUCCACUGGGACAAAACCAGCUUCGGGAGAGCCCUGGGCGGGCAGCUGAGGGUCAUUUACAUCUUCACCGCGGUCACCCUGAGCAUCACCACCGUCCUCACACUGGUCAGCAUCCCCGAGAGACCCCUGCGGCCCCCCGGCGAGAAGAAGGCCACCAUGAAGAGCCCCAGCCUCCCCCUACCGCCUUCCCCUCCCAUGCUGUGCGAGGAGGGGGCCGGCGAGCCCCUCCCCUGCCACCCGGCCACCAGCCUGUACGCCAGCUUCUCCAGCCCCAUCUCCCCGCUCAGCCCCCUGACGCCCAAGUACGGCAGCUUCACCAGCAGGGACGGCUCCCUGACCGGCAUCAACGAGUUCGCCUCGUCCUUCGCCACCUCCAACAUCGACAGCGUGCUCAUCGACUGCUUCACGGGCGGCCACGACAACUACCUGGCCAUCCCCAGCAGUGCCCCGCCACAGGCCAUUAGCCUCAGCUUCCCCCGGGCCCCCGACGGCUUCUACCGCCAGGACCGCGGCCUCGGGGACAGGCGGGAGGUGGCGCUGGCCGCCGGCCCCGACGGGGACGUGCUGAGGGUGGGCUCCCUGGACGCCCCCAAACCGCGAUCGGCCGGGAUCCUGAAGAGACCCCAGACCCUGGCCAUCCCGGAUGCGGCCGGAGGAGGGGGCCCCGAAACCAGCCGGAGGAGGAACGUGACCUUCAGUCAGCAGGUGGCAAAUAUUUUACUGAACGGCGUCAAGUACGAGAGCGAGCUGGCGGGCUCCAGCGAGCCGUCGGGGCAGCCUCUGUCCAUGAGGCACCUGUGUGUCACCAUCUGCAACAUGCCCAAGGCGCUUCGCAAUCUCUGCGUCAACCACUUCCUGGGGUGGCUGUCGUUCGAGGGAAUGCUGCUCUUCUACACGGACUUCAUGGGUGAGGUGGUGUUUCAGGGAGACCCCAAAGCCCCGCACACGUCGGAACAAUAUCAGAAAUACAACAGCGGCGUCACCAUGGGCUGCUGGGGGAUGUGCAUUUACGCCUUCAGCGCCGCCUUCUACUCAGCUAUUCUCGAGAAGCUAGAAGAAUACCUCAGCAUCCGCACACUGUACUUCAUUGCCUACCUGGCCUUUGGCCUGGGGACCGGGCUCGCCACCCUGUCCAGGAACCUGUACGUGGUCCUGUCGCUCUGCAUAACCUACGGGAUUUUAUUUUCCACCCUGUGCACCCUGCCCUACUCGCUUCUGUGCGAUUACUACCAGAACAAAAAGUUUGCAGGGUCCGGUGCGGACGGCACCAGGCGGGGCAUGGGCGUGGACAUCUCCCUGCUGAGCUGCCAGUACUUCCUGGCCCAGAUCCUGGUGUCCCUGGUGCUGGGGCCGCUGACCUCGGCCGUGGGCAGCACCAACGGGGUCAUGUAUUUCUCUAGCCUGGUGUCCUUCCUGGGCUGCUUGUACUCCUCCCUGUUUGUCAUUUACGAAAUCCCUCCCAGCGAUGCCACCGAGGAGGAGCACCGGCCCCUCCUGCUGAACGUCUGACAACCCCGAGCCCCCGGCUUUGGCCUCAAGCCUGCGCCCGGGGGUCUGGAGCAGUCCGGCCAGUGAGGAACCGAAAGGCCUUGGUGGACGGACGCGGGACAGGUUUCCUGCGGAAUGUAAAUAUGUGACAAAACAAUAAAUGGCAGCAGGAACGCCUACAGUUUCUAGUUGUGGCUCUCCCAG